UGCACAUGUGAACGUGAGGCCAUCAAGCUAAGCUGAAAGAACAGACACAACAGCUUCCAACCUGACCAUGGGAUAUUACGAAACAAACAUCACUUAUGAUGACGACUAUAUAGAUGAGGUCUGUAACAAGGAAGGUGUUGUCAAGUUUGGCUCCAUCGCCACCCCUGCCUUCUUCUCUGUGGUGACCAUCCUGAGUCUAGCGGGCAACAUCCUGGUCCUGGCCAUCCUGGCCAAGUACGAGAACCUCAAGUCUCUCACCAACAUCUUCAUUCUCAACUUGGCCCUAUCUGACCUGGUGUUCACCUUUGGUCUGCCCUUCUGGGCAGCCUACCACAUCUGGGGCUGGACCUUUGGCUGGUUCCUCUGCAAGACUGUGACCUUUGUCUUCUACGCAGGCUUCUACAGCAGCGUUUUGUUCCUGACCAUCAUGACGAUCCACCGCUACCUGGCCGUGGUGCAUCCUCUGUCCGACCACGGCUCCCGGAGGGGCUGCUACGGGGUCACCGUCUCUCUCAUCAUCUGGGCGAUCAGUUUUGGUUUGGCCGUCCCCGCUUUGAUUUUCAGCUCUGUCCAAGAGAAUCCCCACGAGAGAAAAAAACAUUUGCAUUGUGAAUACGGCGUUCCAAUGUGGAGGAAAGUGAGCACAUACCAACAGAACGUCUUCUUCUUGGCUGCUUUUGCAGUUAUGGGUUUCUGCUACGUAAGAAUAUUGGAGGCAAUCUUCAAGUCAAGGUCACACAUGAGGAAUCGUACCGUGAAACUGAUCUUUAGUAUCGUGGCAGUAUUUUUCCUUGGCUGGGCACCUUACAACGUGGUUAUAUUUCUGAGGUUGUUGACCGACUACUCCGUAGCACCUUUCAACGAUUGUGAGGUCAGCAUGAAGCUCGACUAUGGGUUCUACGUGUGUCGACUCAUUGCUUUCUCCCACUGCUGUCUCAACCCUGUCUUCUACGCAUUUGUUGGGAUCAAGUUCAGAAAUCACUUGAAGGUUAUUCUGCAGAGACUUUGCAGUCGCCGAAGCACCGUAGAUUCACAACCGAUGGGAGUGACUCAUGUUCCCUCAAGGGGAUCCAUGUAUUAGUCUGGCUCUUGAAGUUUCAGAGCACCAUGGACUGAGCAGUCCAACCAUGAUCAAUUGUAAAAUGAACCUCUUUGCUUUUUCAAUACAUUUAGAAUGUUACUUUUUCAUAUUUUAUUUCCAUUACUUAUUAUCAUUGUCAUUUUGUCUUGUUCUUUUCAUUCUAUUGUUAAUCCCACUAUUGGUAUUUUAACAAGGGUUAAAAUACUUUGCCUGGUGUAUUUGUAUAACGUAUCAAAAGUACUUUUCAAAUAGUUAUUAUUGAUCUGAACCCUUUUUACAGUGUGUGUACUACAGUGGAUAUUAGGAUAGAUACAGAAGAGGACAAAUUCCUAAUUACUUCUUCAAAUAUGGGGAUGUAGAGUAGAUCAUAGCUUCAGCUAGGGUUCCAAUGCCCUCUGCUGGGGAAAGAAACAAUAAGAAGGUUUACAGCAGAGUCCUCAAUUCUUUUCCCUGUGAGGUUCAGAGCCUGCUGUUUUUUUUGUUCUACCUGAUCACUACAUUGCACACAUCUGGUGUCCCUGGUCUGAAUCCCUGAUUAGAGGUGAACAAUACAAAAAUACAGGGGCACUGGCUUCGACGUCCAGAGUUGAGCUUGAGGGGUUCACAGCAAACGGGCCCAUAUUCAUGAAGCAUCUCAGAAUGCUUUUUAAAUGUUAUUUUAUUGAUUUGAUUUCACCUUUAUUUAACUAGGAAAGUCAGUGAAGAACAUUCUUAUUUAUAAUGAUGGCCUACCCCGGCCAACGAUGCUGACCCAGGUUCAGUUGACCCCCCCCCAUGUAAUUAUUAUGAUCUAAAAGGAAGAACUGGUCCUGGAUCAGCACUCCUCUACUAUAUGAAUAUGCACCCUGAUAUAUAGUAUAUACCAAGCCGGUCUCCCAUCCAAAUAGCCUACUAACCAAGUCCAGCGCUGCUUAGCCUCCGAGUCUAGAGAUUGGGCGUGUUCAGGGUGGUUGGACAUAAGCGAUGAUAAGGGAGAUUAAAGGGUUAAAUAACCAUAUGUCUUGUGUAACCAUACCAAAUGUAACAUAUCAUACUAAAUAGCUCAUCUCAGAUUUACAUACAUAAUAAUACGAAAUGCUCUUAGACCAGGUUGCAACCACUGAUCAGAAACAUUUAGCAUGCAAUAAUGAAUCCCAAAUCAAGCGUAGGCCAAAUAUUUUUGCUUGAUCGAAACUCCAAAAGCAGGAGGAGGUUAUGAAAUAUGAUCAAGAGACUUGCAUGAUUUUAAAAAUAGGAUUGCUAUUAUUUUGUAUGGGUAUCAUGAUGAAGAUACUCUCACAAUGCAUGAUCCUAACGCCCGCUCCCUAACAAAGUGGAGUGAGGGUAGGAAAGAGAUGAAACUUGGUUUUAAAAAAGCGUGGGCUUGGUCUCUGUUUCAAAUUAUCACCUUUUUUUAUAACAGGGGUUCCACACUUUCCCGUGACACAAAUUGCGUGGGGAAAAUAUUGUAUUUUAUUCUGUUAUAUUCCAUUAUAUUGUUACUACAAAAUAUGUGUGUUAACUGUGAUCGGUGUAGGUGUUGUCUGUUUAAAGAACAAACAUAAUUAACGAUUUAAUUCACUUGGCAGUAACCUAAUUCAACUCAAAAUAUGGCAUUCUAUUCUUUUGGAAAAAAAACAUUUUAUUCCUCUUAUGUUUCUUAGGACCUGCCUAAAAUGAAUUAAUAAUGGAUUUCUUUUUGAUGGUGUAUGUUCAAUGGGUUUAUUAAAAUGGGCGCCCAACCACAUCCGCACACCAUUACUAUCACAUGGGAGGUAUAAAAGGCAUGUGCGGGCAAUAAUGUGUUAAAAAUGGGCCUGUUUGGGCCAAAACAUUUUUAUGGAAAAAUAUACAUAAAUCCUAUGUGAAUGCAGAAUAUAUAUUUUCUUGUGAUGACAGCAAAUUACCAGCAGAGGAUGUUAAAGCAUAACAUAAGAAUUCACAUCCAUGUAGCCUAGGUCGGGGUGUUUUAAACCGUCCAUGUAGCCUAUUUGAACUAUUUCACAGCUAGCACACCUAAUUCAACUUGUCAAUUAAUCAUCAAGCCCUUGAAUGGGUGAAUCAAGUGGGCUAGUUCAGUAGCCUUGUAGUAAGUAGCCUUGCCUUGUACGAGCUGGAAUGUCUCAUAGGAGCAGAUCUCCUGUUUCUGUAGCGUAAGGCAGCUUGAUGUACAAGUACACCCCCUGGACAGGAAGUGGGUAUAUCGCAGUGCCAAGCAGAGACGCAUUGGGUCCCAUUUGUCAGUCUUCGAUAUGACUCAGCCAGAGAAAAAAACUCUCAGCCUAAUAUAUAAAUUAUAAUAUAUGCCAUUUAGCGGAUGCUUUUUUCCAAAGCGAGUCGACUUAUGCAUGGGUCCAUUUUUACAAAAGGGUGGUCCCAGGAAUCAAACCCAAUAUCCUGGCGUUGCAAACAUGUCCAAUCACCGUCCAUGUAUCAUAAGCCAAUCAUGUAAAGCUUCUCCUUCUUAGAAAGAAUAACACAGCCAAAAGCAUCGCGCCCCUCCAUCGUUGGCUGACUCAGCCAACCAACCACUAAGAAACAUGUGCGAUGUCCAGAGAGUGCACGAUCGAGAAUGAACUGUAGAGCCAACUUGUUUUCCAACAGUAUUAUUUAAAUAGCAACCGCUAGCCAUGCUAACACUUCUAGGGAGAGAGAAGGUUUUUGUAUUGUAAUGUUUGAGUGUCCAGUUUUCCGUUCGUUUUUGGGAACAUUCUAUCUAUGUUAGCCAAAACCUUCUGAGAACAUUUUCAGCAUGCCGAGUAGAACUUAUCUAGAACGUGAUUACAAUGUUCUCAGAAUAUACAACAUUAAUGUACUAGGCGCUUUUUAUGGGACCUUGCAACUACAUUCAUGUGUCCAGUUUUCUGAGGGUUAGGAGAAUAUUCCACACACACACACACAGACCCUAGGGGCCCAAGGU